AUUACUAUUUACCGAAUACUCAUAACUCAAUACUGGAAUAACAAACCAAACAACAAUUCGUACAUUCUUUACUUAGUUAAGAUAUCAAAAUAUUUUCAUCUUUGUAGUUUUUCUUUUAGUUAACUUAUUUGAACGUUGUUGUGAUAGCAGUCUGUGUGCUGAGUUUGAAGUUUUUUUUAAAAUGACUGUAAACAAUACUAUUGCUCAUCAGCGCUUAAUUCUUAGUGGUGAUCGCGAAAGAUUUAAGGAAUUACUACGGAAGAGGCUAAUAGAAUGUGGUUGGAGGGAUCAAGUUCGAAUGCUUUGUCGAGAUGUAGUCAAAGAAAAUGAUACUAACAACAUAACGUUUGAUACGCUGGUUUCAAGAGUCACACCUCGGGCUAGAGCAAUUGUUCCGGAUACUGUUAAAAAAGAGCUCUUACAAAAAAUCAAAACACAUUUACUUACUCAGAAAGAUCAGUAAACAAUUUAAUUGUAAUCAUAACCAUAUAAUCUUAACCAUUUUAAACUGUAUUGACCAGAGUGCUGUUUAUAUACAUUGACAGUUUGGGAUUUGGUCUGGUUCAACCAGAGAAACAAUAAUUACUUAAAAAUGAUUCAAUUAAUUAAUUUAAUAAGUGUUUCAUUCUAUCCUAGUAUGGACUUAUGUAAUUGUUUACCUUAUUGUAUUUAAUUUUAAGUUUAUUUAAAUAAAACUCACUUUCCAACCAA